AUGGCUUCUAAUCCUUGGUGGCCCUCGUCUUCGGAUGACGAAGAGGAGAUGUUUUUCGCAAACGCUGUACUACGGGCGGGACAGAUUCUAAUCGAAGAGGAAGAGGAAGAGGAAGAGGAAGAGGAAGACUUCUCGUCUGAAAAUGUUAUCACCAGACGAAUACGCAUUAACAGAGACCGCCAAGGGUUUACAACGUUACAAAAGUGUACUGCGGCCAUUCGACAACUGGCGUACGGGACAGUGGCCGACGCUUUGGACGAGUACUUACAGAUGUCGUUGUACCAAGCUCAUGAAGCAAGGCACGGGUUUCCGGGAAUGCUUGGUAGCAUUGAUUGUAUGCAUUGGGGGUGGCAUAAUUGCCCGACUGCGUGGCGCGGCCAAUAUACGCGAGGUGAUCACGGCUAUCCAACCGUGAUACUUGAAGUUGUGGCAUCACAAGAUUUGUGGAUAUGGCAUUCUUUCUUUGGUCUCCCUGGUUCACUCAACGACCUCAACGUGUUAUACCAAUCGGCCAUCUUUACCGACGUCGUUAAUGGAACGGGACCGGACACACGUUUUACAGUUUCUGGGGUUGAAUAUAGACGUGGGUAUUAUCUUGCUGACGGGAUAUAUCCGUCUUGGUCUACAAGUGUGAAGACUAUUCCAUAUCCCGAGGACGAAAAACGGAAAAAAUUUGCCAAGCGUCAAGAAGCUGCAAGAAAAGACAUCGAACGUGCUUUUGGUGUCUUACAAAAAAAAUGGGCCAUCGUUGCACAACCGGCACGUGCGUUCACCCCAAAAAGGUUGCGUCUUUGUAUAUACGCUUGCAUUUUGCUCCAUAACAUGAUUAUUGAAGACGAAGGUCGGGCGAUUUGUGAGUAUGAUGAGAAUGCAUCUUGGGGGAACACUGUCCCGGUUGAUCCCCCACAACAGGAUUUAAACUCGUUCUCGCUAACAAACGACUUCACGCAUGCAAACCUUCAACAAGAUUUGGUAGAACAUAUUUGGAACAACGUUAACAUGGCGGACGGUGACGGAGCCGGAGACGAAGACGAAGACGAGUAA